AUGGUGGUGAUAUGGGGUCUUGACUUGAAAGAGAUGCAGUGGGGGAAGUUCAAGUCGAGCUACAUGUGGAACAACGAGUACCACCUCCGCCGGACCAAGUUCAUCGUCUACCAAUGCGCCAUGAUAUUCUGCGUUGUCAGUGAGUCGCUUGGGACGGCUGCUCUUUCUGACUACGUCGACCAACAAGAUUUCGUCUCGGCCCACAGCCCGGGCGCUACCGUCCAUAACAACAACUUCACUGGCAUUGCGUCCUACAACAUCUUCGUCGGCAUUUACGUAGCCACUAUCUUCGGCUCGGCCUUCUUCUUUGACCUCUUCUGGCCCGAACGCCAUGAAUCGUACAGGGUCAAGAUUGCUUGGCGCGUGUGUUCUAUACUUGCCUGCUUAUUCACACUUUCCGCGGCACUAACUUUCACCAUAAUAUUGGCGAUGAGGAGCGCAUAUGUGACGGGCACGGAUGCAAAUACAGCCGAAAGGUUGCUAAGGGAGUAUGGCGGGAGUCCGAUGAAGUAUCGAGAUAACGGACGAGGGAUUGCCAGUGUGGUGUUUUUGUGGCCAGGGAUGGUGGCAACGGUUGCUAGCACACUCCUCCUCUGGCACUCCCUCUCCCACAUUGACGCAUACGGACCCAGGUCCGCACACACCCGCACCCGCGACGAUAUUAUCAAUGGCCCUGAUGGGUCGAAUGAGAAGUCUCCUGAAAAUGGCAGUGAGGCGCUGUUAGAGAACGAGGUCAGGGCGCCAGAGCCAGCGCAUGCUAGAUCUGAGGGAGUGCAUGAUCAGAAUGAGAGUGCGAAUUGA